AUGAUCGUGAUACUCAUCAAGCAAAACAUCCAGCUCGACAGCGGCCACCACAUCCACGGCGGCCGCCACGCGUUUGCCUGCCUCGCCCGAACCCUCGCGGCCGCGCCCGGCGUCGCCGAAACCCACCUCCUCUUCGCCGCCGGCCGCGCCGCCGCGCUGCGCGCCGCCGCGGUCGGCGGGUGGCUGCACGAGCUGCGCCCCUGCGCGGCCGGCGGCGCGGAGGGCGUGGAGUGGCGGCGGGGCGGCGUGGCGCACCGUGCUGUGUACGCUGCGGCGGACCUGCCAGCCGCAGCCGAGGCCCUUGUUGAGAGCGCAGGAGCGCGCGGCAACGCCGCGCACGCCCCAGCCGGGCGCGCGCCAGCGGACACCACGGCAGCAUCGAGCCAGCGGUUUGGCGCCACCGGCGCAAACGCCGCCGGCGGCAACGAAAUCACAAGCAGCGGCAGCACAACCGCAAGCGGCGGCUCGGGCUCUGUGGUCGUGAUCUUGGAUGCGGACGAAACGCAGGCGGCGGCCGGCGCCGCGCUCCCCGCCUGCCUGGCGGCCCUGGCGCGCUGCGGCGCCUGCAGGCUGCACUUCCUUGUCCAGAACAUCCACCUGCUGCCGUUUGGGCCCGCCGGCUGCACCCCGCGCACGCCCGGGCUGCUGGGUUCGUGGGCAGGCGCGGACGGCGUGCUGUGUGUGUCGAAGUUUGUCGCAUCAUACUUCCGAGAGCACGCCCGCGGGUGCCUGCCGGCGGCGGAAGCGACGGGAUCGCUGCCGGCUGCGUGGGCUGGGCAGCCGGAAGGGCGGGCGCGCCACCAGGAGCAGCGGCAGCAGCCGCCGCCGCCGCAGCAGCAGCAGCAGCAAAAGGAGCCGCAGCAGCGGCGGCUGGGGCAGGAGCAGGCGAGUACCCGGAUCCUGGUAUUGAGCUUGGCCAAUCUUGGCGUGUUUGGCGCCCCGCCCUGGCCUGACUGCGGCGCCGCCGCCGCGCGCAGCCUGUGGCCCGACAGCUGCGCCCCAGCCAACACAGCCGGUGCAGCUCCGACGUCCUCCCAGCAGCAGCAGCAGCAGCAGCAGCAGCAGCAGCAGCAGCAGCAGCAAGAACAGGGAGCGGCCACGGCCGGGGCCGCACGGGCGGAGCGAUCACGUCAAUGGGCGCGCCGGCCCGUGGUUGGCAUGCUCAAGCGCACCCCUGAGAAGGGCGCUGCAAUUGUGGACGAGCUCGCCGCGAGGAUGCCGGACUGCGACUUUCUAGCGGUGGACUGGUCUGCGGGCGGCACCAAUGGCAGCAACGGCGAGCUUGACGGCCGCAGCGACGGAGGGCCAGGUGCCACACAGCGCAUAUCAGGGCAGCAGGCGGCGACGCGGCCGGGGCCUCCGCCUAACCUCUUCUUGGUUGCGCCGACAGACGACCUGACGGGGCUGAUCUCGAGGAUGGACGUGUUGGUCAUGCCCAGCCUGCUGCAAGAGGCGUUCGGCAUGUCCGUCGUGGACGCCGCCCUGCGCGGCGUGCCCGCGGUGGUGGCCGACGCCGGCGCACUUCCGCUCGAGGCGUCCAGAGGCGCGGCGCUGGCAGCACCUGUCUCUCUGGCCGAGUUGCCGCUGGCGUGCGCUGCGUGCGGUGCCGCACCGACCGGCGUCACAUCGGCUUGCUUGCGACGGGAGGAGGCCCAGGGCAGGGGGCUGUGCCCCUGCAGCUGCCACACGGGCGGCGCCCCCGAUGGCGCCGCGGCGGACGCCGCUGGCGACUGCCGGCCGCACCCGAGCUGGCGGCUGCGGCGGCUCCCUGCAGAGCAGCCUGUGGACGCCUGGGAGGCGGCGGUGCGGCAGCUGCUGGGAAGCCGCGAGUCUUACCUUGCUCGCAGCGGGGCGUGCAGGGAAGCGGCCCUGGCCUUUGUGGAAAGCUCUGCAUCUGGGGACACUCAGCAGCUCCAAGGCUUGGUGCCGUGGCUCUCAGGGCUUGACUAG